AUGAGGUUCACUCAAGCAAUUACUCUGGCAUUGCCUGCCAUCGCCGCUGCCUACCCCGGCAUGAUGGGUGCCAGUUCUCGCGCAGAGAUGGAGGAGUAUCUUCGCGUGGAGAUGCAGCGUGAACAACUUGCAAACCGUGCCGCUGGACCUCAACUUGGUGGCCUUCUCAGCCCAGUCGGAAACCUCUUGGGAUCUCUUGGCGACAUCGUCGACGGACUCUUGUCUUCAGUCGGCCAAGCUAUCGUCAAGCAAGACAAUAAGCGUCCUGAGCCUGGCUAUGAGUUCAAGGCCCCUGGCCCCAACGACUCUCGCGGUCCUUGCCCAGGCCUUAACUUGCUCGCUAACUACGGAUACCUCCCACGUGAUGGUUACGUCAGCUACGGACAGGUCCUCGAGGCCACUGCGCGUGGCUUCAACAUGGGUACGGACCUUGCAACGGUCCUAGCCACCUUCGCUGUCUUGGGCAGUGGAGACCUCGAUGGACUGUCUUUCUAUCUUGGUUCAGGCAAGAACGAAAUCGGUGGCCUUAACCGCCACUCGGUUGUUGAAGCUGAUGUCUCGCCCAACCGCGAAGAUUACUACCUCGGAUGCGGUGACAACCAUCAUCUUUCUUCCCGCCUUGUAAAGCAAAUGGUCGGAUAUGCUGCUCAGGACCCUAAGAAGGAGUUCUCUAUGGACGUCCUGGCCAAACACUACGCAAAAUCGGCUGGUUUCACCAAGGACAACAAUCCUUUCAUCUAUUACUUCCCCUUUCCUCAGAUCGUCUCACUAGGUGCCUUUGCCUUCUAUCCCCAGUUCUUCUCCAACGGUACCUACGGCGCGGGCGGUGUGGCCAACUACAAGAGCAUCAUGAGCAUCAUUGGAGCUGAGUAUGAUGCGAACACCAAAGAGUUCAAGUACGUCCCUGAGCGCUGGCCCGAGAACUGGUACCGCCGUGAUACCCCUUACGGCGCGGUGCAGGCUAUCGCCGAUGGCUUCCUUCAGAUCUAUCCCCGCAACAUCAUCGUACCUGGCGCUGCACAGGUUGGUACAGGCAAAUUGACUGUCCAGACCCUACUCUGCGAUGUAUACCAGGGUAUCAACUCUAUUACUCCGCUCGUGCUUGGUGGCACUGAGGAGAACAUCUCCAAGGGUGUCUCAUGGGCGCUCUCCGUUCUUGACCCCAUUCUUAGUAAGACGGCGCUGGGCUGCCCCGACAGCGUCAUCUCGCCCAACUUCCUUUACCCGAACUCCCAGCAAGAGGGCGGCCCAGCAAACCCUCCAAAGGUGCCAUCCGACGCAUGGACUGGUGACAAUGUCUACAACAAGGUGUACUUUGGUGGAAGCUCGCCUCCUACCAACCCUAAGUGCAGCCACUCCAGCCAGAGUGCGUUUGGUUGA